ACCUGCAUCCAUUUAGUGAGCUAGAUUCUGUGUGCUCAGGGGUGUGUCCUGUGAAUAUACAGGAUGAGCAGUACUUUUGUGACCCUAGCUGAAGUGUUGGAGGCUAGAGGAGGGCCACUGGAGGAGGAUGAGGUCUGGGCCCUCCUGUUUACCUCUGCUGAAUCACUGCUGGAUCUUUUCAGCAUAGGGCAAAGCAACAUCUGCAGCAUUAUAAGUCCGACAUCACUGCUCUUAUCUACAAAUGGUACACUAGCUUUCAAGAACUGCACAAUGACAGAUGAGGCGUGUGCCUUUACUGCACCAGAGAUGCUGCAGGGCCGUGCCACCAGCAGCAGAACGGCUAUGGAGAAGAUGAUUGUAUACUCUCUUGGCAUGACACUUUACUGGUCAGUGGACUAUCACAUUCCUCAAAACCAACCUGUUCAGUUGAGUGAUUCUCUGAACUGCCUCCUCUUGAGCAUGUGUGAGGAUGUGGCCCAUCGACGAGGGAACCUCAGCAACAUCCUGGAGGCCUGUGAAUCCCACCAUAAAGCCUCAGUACUGACACCACCCAACAAAGUGAUCCAGCAGCUGGUGGAAGAGCUCUUCCAAAACUCUGUUGACCAACCCACUCUGUCAGAAAAUACAGUGCGGCAGAUAAGUGGCAGAAGUUUGAUGGUCAGAGAACGACUUCAUGGAAAACGGAUAGCGUACCCUGGCUAUGCAGAAGGGAAUACAAGUGCAGCAGCGAGACGCAGAUUGUCAUUUGACUCAGACAUAAAACAGGGAGCUGUGCAUCAACAGAAAUCCUGGUCCCUUAAAAGCAGAUCCUCACAGACGCCUGCCUUCCAAAGCAUUCAGAGCAGAAUUCCACAUAAUGGAGGUGAAAGCAGUUGGUCACCUAGGAAUUCAUACCAUAAUACGCCCUGCAAAACUGAACAUAGACUUUCCAUCCCUUCCAUUCCUCUCAGCGAGUCUACAGUCAGCCUCAACCAAAGGAAGACAAAAAGUCUUGGACCUGAGUUUGCAAGAAUGGCUGAUGAGCCUCAUGUUAUUUUAGAGCUACCUGGAUCUAUAGUGUCAAAGAAAGGAAGGUCUUCCUUAUCCCAGAGGGAAGUUAUUGUGAUGAUGCCAAAUGCACAGUGUGUGGUGGUGAGGUGUGACAUCAAGUCCAGGGGAAGAGAUGUCUUUGACAUGGUCGUCGCUCAUGCAAACCUUGUGGAACAUUUUUACUUUGGCCUUGCUUUCAUGGAUGAUGACGAAUUUUUCUUUUUGAACCAUGAAACGAAAAUCUCCAAAGUGGCGCCAGACUGUUGGAAGAAAUUAGCAACCUCUACAUUCACCCUGUUUCUCCGUGUUAAAUUUUUUGCUGAUGAUAUUUCCUACAUAUUGCACAAACUCACACGUCAUCAGUACUAUAUCCAGCUGAGGAGAGAUAUUUUGGAGGGCAGAGUGUACUGUAAUGAGGACACUGCCAUGUUCCUUGCUGCCUUGGCUCUGCAGGCUGAGUUUGGAGACUACAUACCAGAGGUUUAUGGAAAGAACUACUUCCAGAUGGAGCAUUACAUUCCAAAAAGAGUGAUGGAAAAAAUGGCCUUGCCCUGUGUAAGGGACGAGUUGCCAAGGUUACAUGCCAGUUAUGCAAAUAUGCUUAAAGAAGAUGCGGAGAUAGAAUUUUUAAAGAUUGCACAACAGCUGCCGGAAUAUGGGGUGCUGUUUCACAGAGUCGCUCGAGAGAAGAAGCUCGCAAUUGGAGAACUCAUUCUUGGAGUUUGUGCUAAAGGAAUUAUGGUUUAUGAAGUUAAAAACAACUGUCGGAUAUUAAUCCGCCGAUUUCAGUGGUCUGAAACUGACAGUAUUUCCACAAGUUGGCGGAAGUUCACUGUGGAAUGUGGCCCUAGUGGGAAAAAGCACUCCUUUGUAACUGAAAGUUCCAAGAUAGCACAAUACCUCCUGGACCUCUGCUCUGCGCAGCACAAAUUCCACAGCGAGAUGACCUCUCGACAGCUCACCUACAGUUCAGCAUCAGAUUGCCACAAAGUGAAACAUCCUUUGAUAUGGCGUGCUCGACAAAACCUGUUGAAGAGGAUGUCCUGCUCAGAAGUUGGUCUCAAUAAUGUUGGUCUGAGCAUAUCAUCUAUGAACUCCAUAAGCAAGUCAUGUGAUGAUCUUUCAGCCAAGAUCCAGCAGUCGAGAGACUUGCUACAAACACAUGACACUGUGGGAAUAAGAGGCCAGAGUGAACUGAAGAAACCAAGUCAGAGCUGCAGCUCCCCAGGGGCUUUUAGUUCUCCAAUUUACCGAAUCAUGUCGAACGUCUCUCUACAAAAACAAGACUCUGAAUCUUACUCAAUCUCAUCCAGAGCCGACACUCCUGUUAGAACUCCACCAGAAAGAGAAAUUAUCUGUGUUACACUGAAGAAAGAUCCAAAACAUGGCUUUGGAUUUAUUAUAGUCGGAGAGGACAAUACAGGAAAAUUAGAUCUUGGAAUCUUCAUUGCAUCCAUCAUACCUGAUGGGCCUGCUGAUAAAGAUGGCAGAAUCAGGCCAGGUGGGCGACUGAUUUCUCUUAACAAAACCAGCCUGGAAGGAGUAACUUUCAGUACAGCUGCUGACAUCUUACAGAACAGCCCAGAUGAAGUGGAGCUUAUAGUGUCUCAACCAAAACAUGACUUUUGGGACCGUAAAAGCUCUCUGACUGCUGGCAACCUAGGGCUGAUGCUGGAGAAAGGCUUGGACUCUCGAAGUACACAGAAUGCAGAGCACAGGACUGUAAAAGAGGACACUGAAUCCAGCAUUGUCACACCUAAAAUGGGAAGAAAGCUACAUAUCCCUGUUGUACGAAUUCUAGAUACUAAGGAUGCAUUCCCUGGGUCAUCCUCGAAGUCCAGCCUCAGGCCAGGUGACUUGGUCUGUGUGGGGCUCAAGAAACUCAACGGCAGUCUGGGCAUCUGUGUUGCAGGUGGCAUCAAUACCAGUGUUCGCCAUGGAGGGAUUUAUAUCAAAAGCCUGAUACCUGGAGGAGCUGCUGAUCUAGAUGGUCGAAUACAGACUGGUGAUAGGUUACUGGAGGUGAAUGGCUGUAACCUGCAAGGUGUCACACACAAGCAAGCUGUUGAAUGUUUGAAAAAAACUGGAGAGGUGGUGUCUCUACUUUUAGAGCGGGAGCCUCCUCUGAUGAUGGAGACCUCCAGCUUUCCUUUCAGUGAGGAGAAACAGAAAUCUCCAUCAUCCCUAAGUGCACAGAGCACCACCACCCCCACCAGACAAGACAUUACCAUGGAAACGCCCUUGUCUGUCAGGGCCAAGGACUACAGCUUUGUGUCAGAUGAGAACACACUGGAGGUGACUUUGGAGAAGAAACUAUGUGGUUUGGGCUUUAGCUUCCUCAUCAGUGACAUUACUCCUGAGGUAGGAAGUGUAGUGCGCAUUAGGAGACUGUUCUCUGACAAGAUAUCGGAAGAGAGCAGGCUACUCAGGGAGGGAGACGUCAUCCUCACUGUUAAUGGAGAAUCCGUAAAAGGUCUUUCCUAUAAGAAAGUCCUGCAGCUGUUGCGGGGAACACCAUCUGAGCUCAAGCUGUUAAUAUGCAGACCUUCACCUGGACAACUUCCAGAGAUGGAAUCCAUCUCACAGAGUCCUUCCCCAUUGCCAAGUAAAAAGCAGAGGUCGCGGUCUUUAGAGUCUGUCUCUCCGGACUUUGGUGAAAUGCUCCAACAAAAGUCCAUAGCACUAUGCCAAACAAAGGACAGUGCUUCACCUAAACCCUAUGCUGUCCGAUUAAUUCAGCAGAGACAAGACAGUGAACAGGAUGAGACACCAUCCACCCUAUCAUCUCCACCAUCCCUGCCAUCUACUGAUGGACAGAACACAGAAAAUCCAGAUGAGGAGGUUCUCUCCAGCACUUCUUGUUCCCAAACACCAACCACACUUAUAACAACAACAACAACCCUGAGCCCUGUUCAAACUCCACUCAUGCCAACACCUUCUCCAACAUGCCCAUACCCAAAGCCAGAAGUAAAAGAGGACACGUCCUCAAAAAGCAACCAUAAUUCAGCUAAUGCCAGUGAGCUCACUGAGGAUAUGGAUGGAAGUAGGGCAUGCUUUAUGGCCAAUGGACUGGAUGUCUUAGCUGAUGAAGAAUAUCUGACCAUUACUACCACUGCAUCUACUAGUGCUUUGAUCCCUCCUACACCUUCUCCACAUACCAGUCCAACAAAAACAACAAAAUCACCCCCUCCUCUACCUCAGCCUACUACAACAAGCACCAACAAUGGCUGGGAUGAUGAAGAGGAGGAUGAGGAUGAAGAAGACUCAAGAAGGGAAGUCUUUAAGGAGUUUGAGCUGACAGUAACUCUUACUAAAUCCAGAAGUGGUAGUUUUGGCUUUACUAUCACUAGGAGCAAAUUAGAUAAUUGCUAUUACAUACAGGACGUCCUGGAUAAUCCAGCCAAAGCAGAUGGCCGUCUCAGAGCAGGAGACAGACUAAUCAUGGUGAAUGGUCACUAUGUGACCAAUGUGUCUGAUGAAGUGGCCAUGACUAUUCUGAGAUACUCUCCUAAAAGGCUUCACAUGGUGUUAGGCAGAGCUGUACAGAACCUCCUGCCUCCUCCACCACCAGACAGCCUUCAGGACAUUAUUAUAUACAAGACCACAUCUGGACAAAUGGGUAUUAAGCUCAGAGGUGGCAUUGGCAGCAAAUGGCAGUGCAUUUAUGUUCAGGAAGUGGUGCCAAACUCACCUGCCAGUGAGGAGGGCAGCAUUCAGCCAAAUGACCGAAUUGUCUACAUCAAUGGCAGGUGCACCCUGGGAAUGGCACUGGAAGAUGCAGUGAAGACCUGUGAACAUGCUUCACGCAAAGUCAAACUCAAAGCUAUGAGAGAUGAUCAACCUGUGACACCCAAAAGCAAAUGGAAUGGUUUCUUUGAUUGGAAGAAAGAAAAGAGAUUAGAGCCUCCCUCUGAGGAGCCUAGGUCAUCUGAGGCGGAGGCUACUGCUGAUGUAAAACUCAUGGCUGAAAAUGCUGAAGGAUUUGGGCCAAUGCCCUCUGUAACCUCUCAGCAGGAGAGCUGCAUUCUUCAGCUGGAGUUUACUAAACCAGAGAGAGGUGGGUUGGGCUUUUCUCUGGUAGGUGGCAUCAAUGGCAGUAGUCUGCAAAUAAAGGACAUCUGCUGUGGAGGUGUGGCUGAGCAGGAUGGCAGGCUGCGUGUGGGAGACAUCCUUCUGGAGGUGAAUGGGGUGAUCGUGUCAGGAUUGAGCCACCUUAAAGUGGUAGAUAUUCUGAGGAGAGCAGAGGGGACAGUUCAGCUGACUGUAUACAGAGACACUUUCCCCAUGACUUCCUGCACUGGCCCUAGGUGCUCCACUGAAGACCCUCAAGAAAACAACACUAAAGCAGGAGUAAGCUCACUUCUAGAAGUGCAGGAGGAUCAUGUGUCUUUUCAGACACCAGGGUGUCCUGUGGUUCGAAUGGAAUAUGAACAGGAUAGUGGAAACUGUACACCUAACUUUCAGGGCUGUUGUCCAUCUCUGAGUGUCAAAGAUAUGCUACACAGCAGGACAGACCCACAGAAACAGAAUUUAGAAAAUUCUUGCAAAAUAAUGGAGAAAAAUUACACAGACAGCUGGAGCAGUGAUGAUGAAGAUGAUGAUGAUGAAGAUGACGAUGAUGACACUCAACAUUCCACUACAGAAACAACACCUCACACAGGUCCGCCUAUUGUGUCUGAGGAGGAACUGACCAGAUUUGCCCUGAUCAGCCCACCUAUGAAUGGCCAAUACUCAGGAUCCAGACUCAAAAGUCUUAUUCAAAAUCUUCAGAAUCUACUGGAUCAGCAUGAGCUUGUCAAGGAGUUUAUGGCAUUAGGUCAUCUGGCACCUUCCGAUAACUGCCUGGUUGGGAAAGCACCAGAGAACCGAGAGAAAAACCGAUACAGAGAAAUCCUGCCCUAUGAUAAGACACGGGUUCCUGUGGGAGAGAAACAGGACUACAUAAAUGCCAGCUACAUCCGGAUGAAGGUGGGCCCGGAUGAGUUUUUCUACAUCUCAUCACAGGGACCUCUGCCCAACACUCAGGACUGCUUCUGGCAGAUGGUUUGGGAGAACAAGUCUGACAUCAUUGCCAUGAUGACCCGGGAAGUAGAGCGCGGCAGAAUCAAAUGCCACAAGUACUGGCCUGAGAAAUGUGAUGUUCCCAUAGAAACUAGCCACUACCAGCUGAUCUUGAAAAAUUUCCAAAAAUUGGACUACUUCUACAUCAAGGUCAUCCAGAUGGUAGAGAAAGAGACUGGAGCCACACACUUCGUGAAACACCUGAAGUUCACCACGUGGCCAGAUCACAGUACGCCUCACUCUUCAAAGCAGCUAGUGCACUUUAUCCGAUACAUGCGUGCAGUACACUUGAACGGGCCAAUCAUAGUGCACUGCAGCGCAGGCAUCGGCCGGACCGGCGUCCUCAUCUGCACUGACGUCAUCCUCGGCCACAUAGAAAGGGACCUCACUAUUAAUGUGAGUGAGACUGUGAGGGAGAUGCGGCUCCAGCGCCACGGGAUGAUUCAAACCAAGGAACAGUACGUCUUCUGUUACAAAGUGUGGCUGGACGUGUUGCAGAGCAUCUCGCUUCUUCAUGGCAACCAGUGGCAAUCAGAAACCCCCUUGUGAAUGAACGAAUGAGUUCUGGCUUUUUUCCACACUAAGUUAUUCCACAGUUUCCUCAGUGGGGUGACAGCUCUCAUCUGUUUGAACAGUGUUGAAAUACUGUUAUAUGAAGUUAAUCAUGUGCACUGAGUUUGAGUUUCAGUGCUGUUCUGAUCGUUUAGUAUUAAAUAUAUGGCGCAGGAAGCACACUAGACAUUUUCAUCAACUGUGUUAUGACCUUGUAUGACUCGAUUUAUAUCUUCACCUACAACAUAUAACUCAAAGCACAGGUUUCCUAGCCAUCUUCAUUAUUUUGCCUUGAAUGUGUAGUCAGGUACGAUCUACUGAAUAUAUGAAAAUGUGUCUUUUAAUAUGUAAUGUUUAAAUAUUUGUCACAAUUGUCACUGCUGUUAUUUAGACAAGCUGAACGCUGCACAAUAUCAUAAGCAAACAACCAACUGAAAUUUCACGUAAGAUUUAAAAAAAACAACUUGUCCAUAUUAAGUCUUCAUUAUUAUACUUUUCUUAGACAUGAUGUAAUAAUUCUAAAGAGCUAUUUUUACUUUUAAGAGCUAAAACACGUGGAGUAAAGUGCCUUUUACUUUGUCCUGUUGAGCAGCUUUCUCAGUCGUCUCUGUCACUGAAGUAAACCAAUAUUGGCUGCAAGCUGCCAGCUGACAGGAAGCAGAAAAACAAACACUUAACCCAAAGAAGAUUGGGUGAAUAUACGAGAUUUGCUAGACAGCCAGUGGUGGACUUGUCAUCGACUGGGAAAAAAUCUUUGGGGAUCUUUUGAGUUUAGAUAUUUUGGUUGUUUUUUGUCUUGGUAAAGACUAGAUAAAAUCAUGAUCAGAAAUCAGAAUUGAAGAUAGAAAGCUCAAGAUUCUUUUUACACACAAACACUAAAGUUUGAGUGACUUAAGGAUAUAGAAAUAUAAAAUUAAGCAUAUAUAUAUUUCUGGGAUCUACCCUUGCUAACAUGUAUUAAAUGUCAGAUUUUGAGUAUCACACUUUUUUAAACAUUUCACAUUUAGUUGGCAAACUUUAAAUGAUUUAUAUUCUAGAUCAUGCCUCGCAUCGAAAAAGAUAAAGUAGCAGUAGUAGUAUGAAAACUGCCAAUGUUCCAAAGUUCAUUUCCGAUAAAGUAUAUCACCAAUUUAAAGAGUUAGUAUGUAGUAUGACAGAGAUUUUUCAUUCUUUAAUGCUUAUGAUUCCUGGUUUUCUUGUCAUUUUGUUAGUGUUUAAAAUGCCUUGGUCAAUCAUAUUUCAUUCUGGUCUCUUGCUCAGCUCGAAUAUUUGUUUGAAAGUCUGAAAAGCGUAAUUUAUUUACAUGCCGUUACAGUAAAUGAACAAAUUGAAGCUGCUAUUUAUCCAUGAUCAUUUUGCUGUUUGUGCUGUAUUGAUAUGAUUUUUUUUUAUGUUUAUUCUUGGUGUAUAGAGAUGUGCUGCUUUUAUUUAUUCACACUGUAGAUAUAAUAUAUACUUGCAGUGUCUUUCAGGAAUCUCUACAGUGAAUGUAUUAUAUUAAGAAAUGUUUAAAUAUCUAAG